AUGGAUUCCAUAGUGAAUGUGAACGCGACACUCAGUAAAGCUCGUUUCUUACCCGCGGUGGCAACAUGGUACGGCAGCCCCACCGGAUCAGGAAGUGGUGGAGCUUGUGGUUUGGAAAAUGAUGUGAUAAAUGCCCCUUAUUACGGCAUGAUUUCUGCCGGUAAGGCCAAUUUAUUCCGUUCUGGUGUCGAAUGUGGGACUUGUUAUAUGGUACGAUGCAAAGAUCAUCCAGCUUGUUCAGGAUCUCCAAUUCAUGUGACAAUCACAGACGAAUGCCCCGGCCUUUGUAAUAAUGAACCUUUUCACUUUGACUUAAGUGGUAAAGCUUUUGGUUAUUUAGCGAAGACUGGUCAUGAAGAAGAGUUAAGAAAAACAGGAAGGAUCAACAUUCAAUAUACUAGCGUGAGAUGCCACUACAAGGCUCAUUUAGCAGUGAAGAUCGAUUCAGGAUCAAACCCUUACUAUGUAGCCAUGGUUGUGGAGAAUGUGAAUGGAGAUGGUGAAAUAGAUCGAAUUGAGAUCAUGGGACAAGGUUUGCAAUCAUGGGGAUGGAGGGAUAUGCAACGUGAUUGGGGUGAGACUUGGAAAUUUGACGUGCCUAGUGGAACUACCGGACCCUUUUCAAUUAGAUUUACAGAUCGCAGCUCAAGAUCAGUUGUGGCUUAUAGGAUCAUACCAGCAAAUUGGGCUCCUGGAAAGACAUAUUAUUCGAGAACGAAUUUCCUUUGA